UACCCUUUUUUUUACUUUCGUUUUGUUUGUUAUUCUUGCAUGGAAUAUUCUAGAAUUCUUCACUGUUCAAGCAAUAUUAAUGAUGUGGAUGUGGAGGACACUAAUACGCGCAGAUAUGAUCAAAGGACUUGAAGAUGAAAGAGAUGAAUGGAAAGAAAGAGCAAAAUGUUUAGAAGCACAACUUGACGAAUUACGGAAAAACAGAGUGAGAUUAGAGACACCAUGGGGAGUUGAUGAUAGUGCACUUUUCAAUCAAGCGAAAAAAGAUCAACUGCUGCAAGAUUUGGAUAAUUUAGUCCCACCACAACAAUGCUUGAAUUUAAACAUUCUUGUGACUGGUAUCAUUGGAUCUGGAAAAUCAUCACUUGUAAACACUUUUAAAACAGUACUGAGGAAUUCUGGGGAGAUCACAAAUAUAGCUACGACAUACGGACAAUAUAUGGACUCAACGACAUUGAAGCUUCACGAAAUAUUGUUAAAAGACUACCCAGGAGGAAAAAAACUAAGACUGUAUGAUUGUCGAGGUAUCUGUGAUAAUGCAGGUGAUAUUCAGCAUGAUAUCAUUUCUGUUAUCAAAGGUCAUGUUCAAAAUGGCUAUGAGUUCCAGGGAAAUCAAAACAUUGGACAAAACAACCAACUUUACAGGGCUAAUCCGACUUUUGAUCAAAAAAUACACUGCGUUAUAUUUGUUGUGGAUGCCAAGUCCAUUGAUGAAAUACAUGUGGACGAUAUGAAGAAAUUGGCACAAAUAAGAAAACAUAUUGGAUCCGAAAAUAUUCCUCUUAGACUGAUUUUAACAAAGGUUGACGAACUUGAUCUCUAUAGUGAUGGUGAUCUAAGCAGUGUGUUUAGAAGCAGACAUGCAAAGCUAAAGUUCGAAGCGGCAAAAGUAAAAUUUGCUUUGCAAGACAACCAAGUACGUCCAAUUGCAAACUACGUUACAGGACCGAACCAAAACCUUGCACAAGAUAUAUUGGCACUCAUAACAGUGAAAAGCAUUGUUGAAGAAGCUUUGGUUUACAUUGGGAAUAAUACAUAAUACACACAAAGCAGCAAUAGCGGGCGA